CUUCUCCACAAAUUUUGGGGAAUCAACACAAUCAACACACAUACGUAGAAAAAGAGAGGCAAAUCGACGUGUUCAUCGAGCGAAAUUGAGCCAUGAGCAGCACCCGCACAGAACGGAGGCUGGAAUUGCCAGAACUAGACAAAGCCAAUCUUGAUAAGACCAUCAACACCAGCCAGAGAACGGUCAAGGAACGAAGGUUGGGGUUAUCGAAAUCAGACCAGAGCGCCAAAUUCAAGAAAUCUGCUCGAGUUCGGACGACAACCAUCGACGGCGGUAGUGGCGACUUUCUGGAAAUUGUCGAUGAAUUCACUGGGAUCCAUCCGGCCGGAGGAGGAGGAGAAAGGGAAAAAGGUCUCGGCUAUGGCAAUGAAAAUAAAGGCAGCCCUUGUGGAGCUGGAUUCUCGCAGAUUACUUUCUUUCCAAAUCACUUGAAAUUGCCACGACGGCCACCACCGCUCGACUUAAAGUAUUUCCCGAAGGGAUUUCGCAGAUUACAACUGCAGGAACCUUUUCACUGCAGAAAGUCGGAUGAACGAAUAUUCUUUAAGGUCCGAGUCGUCCCAGCCCCGAAAUUCGAAUUGCCACCGCCACCUGACGAUGGGUUCUCUUGGAGGAAGUACGAUCAGAAGGAAAAUCUUGGAGCCAAGUAUCCAAGGAACUACUAUAGGUGCACUCAUGGGAAAGACCGAGGUUGUUUGGCUAGAAAGCGCGUGCAAAGAUCCGAUGACGACCCCAGUGUCUUCGAGGUCACGUACUGCAGAGCGCACACGUGCAAUCACCACUCUCUCCAAAUCAUACAACCCCAGACCCAGCCCCAACAAAACCAAACCCACUUACAAGACAUUGCGUUCGACUUCCGUGGAAGCCUCACAGUCAUAACUCCGAACUUGGACUCCAACAAUGACGAUCACAACUUCUGUUCUUCAAUGUUCAAUUUCCCUCCCACCUCGGAUAAUACUUCCAGCGUCAUGAGUAACAACAGCAACUUCCCUAGUACCCCUCAAUUCCUGUCUCGGUCGACUUCCGAGACCAACUACUUGUCAGAGUCGCCAGCUCGGUUAGAAGGUUUCCAGGUCGGCCCGAGUUUCGGCACUUCGGAAUCCGAGCUUGCUAUGAUUGUCUUGGCUGCUACUUCAGAGAACAACUCUCAAGCAACGAGAGGAUUACCAAAGAGACGCGAGAAAGGAUUACCAAAAGUGAAUGGAGCUUAUCACGGAAGUGAAUCGCAUGACAAUGAGAUGCAGCUACUUAUUGAGGAAAAAUCAAUCUCUGAUCAGCCUGUCGCUAGUUCAGUUGAUACAUCCAUUAGUUUGGGUUCGGGCCUCUGUUCUCGCGCUAUUGAAGAUCAGAAAGAACUCAAUCCGUCCUUUGGGAUUGAUUUGCUUCACACGAAGGCAGGCUCUCUCACGAAUGAAGGAUCAUUGUUGAGCAAUCAGAAAGAAGAAGAAAAUGUGACAGUGUCAAGUGAAGUGAAAAAACUAGAAGCUACCCAGAAGCAAAGAGCAGAAAGUGAUUUUGUGCCAAUGCAAAACACUUGGGAUACAGAGACUGAACUAUUUCCCUGGCUAGUGAAAAGGGACGCUGAUCCUCAUCCUGCUUUGGAAGAAUUUCAUACGUAUUCAUUUCCCUCAGAAUCGGAAGUUGGUUCACAUUGCUCAGAAUUAGAAUCUGAAGACAAGGAUAAGAAGAUCAAGAUCGGAGCAAGUCCAGAAUAUCAUAAGAGAGAAACAUCAGAAAGUGCAGUUUUGCAAAUGCAGAACCCUGUAGAGAGAGAGGUUGAACUCUUUUCCUUGGAAGUAAAAGAAGACACUGCUUCUGACGAAGUUCAUUCAAUUUCCUUGGAAGUAGAAUCUGAAGUUGAUUCAUAUUGCUCAGGACCGGAAUACGAAGUUGGGGAUAAAAAGGCGAGGAUAGAAGCCAGUCCAGAAUAUGACGAUAUCAUGCACACACCAAAGUUGAAAAAGGAAAGUUCUUCACAUGCUACUUUGGAUAAUAGCGAUGCCUCCAUUGAUAUGUUAGACAGCAGUGGAAAACAAGAAGGGAGACCAUCAGAAGGAUGGGGUGCCAUUAACUAUGACUCUAUAGUCUACCAUCUCAUCAAGUCCAUAAAAAAAUCUAACAUUGAAAAACUUGGAAUAUAUGGCAGAAACGAGGUUGGAAAAGCUAUUGUCGUUCGAGCAUUGAAGGAAUCUGCAAUUUUGAGGAACCUAUUUGAUAGAGUUAUUUGUAUUACCGUUCCUCAAAACUGCGACAUGGAAAUGGUGCAAAAGGAGAUUGCUGGACAAAUAUCUUCUGAUUUAACUGAAGUCAAUGCAGUUGAUAUGCCACAUUCGGUGGUGAAUGCAUUGUCAGGCCUCAAGUUUUUGCUCAUUCUUGUUGGCACUAAUCAACACCUGAGGCUGGAGACAUUGAAAAUUCCUGUUUCAGCACCACCAGUUGGUAGCAAGAUAGUCUUUGUGGCUGAAUCAGAACAAUUGUGUGAUGAAAUCGAAGUGGAUAAGAAAAUAUGUUUGGACGAUCUGUUGCUGUGCGAAUUAUUUCGUCAGAAUGUGGGUGAAGUUGUUUACCAUCCUAAAAAAGCCCUAGCUAAGGAAAUAGUUAGGAUGUGCAGGCACUAUUCGCAUGCUGUUAUUCUAGUGGCAAGGGCACUGCAAAAUGUUGAUGACGAUUUAAUCUGGAAACGUGUACUUGAAAGACUGGCCAUUCGACCUGCAAGUCAUGAUACAAGUAUAGAAGCUCUUAUGGUUAAUGUAUUAAGAUUUAGCAUUGACCAACUAGAAAAUGAUAAAACUAGAAGAUGCUUGAAAAAUCUUGCUCUUUGUGACAAUUACCAUGAGAUUGCAUCUGAGUCUGCCAUAGGCCUAUGGGUCAGGGAUGGUAUUGUAGACAACCAAGAUGAAGGCCUAGAAGUCCUAAAAAACCUUGUCAAUGCUAACCUGCUCGAAAUUGAUGAUAAUGGGCAAUUUGUGAAGUUUCAAGACCAGGAUCAGGAUAUAUUAGUGAACUUAAUAUUUCAACCCGAGGAAAAUCGCAUGUUUCUGAUGCAGGGUGGCUUGGACGUGACAGAGCCACCAGAGAUUGAGAAAUGGGAGAGUGCAAAAGAGAUACUGUUGAUGCAAACCGGAAUUUCUGAGCUACCGAAGGAACCAAGGUGCCCUUCACUUUCGUCAUUAUAUCUGCAAAGAAAUUAUAAGGUGAGAAAGCUUUCUUCUUCAUUUUUCAAUCAGAUGCCUGCUCUAGAAGUUUUGAAUCUGUCUAGAACCCGCAUUCGGUGCUUGCCAGAGUCCAUAUCUCAACUUGUCAGCCUUAAAAGAUUCUUCUUGAAUGAUUGUGUCCUUCUGAGAUCAAUAUCGCCAGCAAUUGGAAGGCUCAAGCAGCUGGAGGUAUUUGAUCUUGAGGGGACGAAGAUUAAGAAUCUUCCCAAGGAAAUUGAAUGUUUAAUUAAUCUGACUUGUUUGGGGAUCUCACUUUCUGGAACUGAGCCUUCAAAUGACUCUAAAACUGUCAUUCCUCAUGGGGUAAUAUCUUCUCUAUUACACUUGGAAGAACUGAAUCUCGAUGUGGAUGCUGAUUCUGAAUGGUGGCAUACAUGUGCUGAAGGUGUUGUAUCUGAAGUUUGCAACUUGAAAAGCUUAAGCGCUUUCAAGUUCUCCUUUCCUACAUUGGAACUUUUGAGACAGUUUAAUCAGCUUAGGAAAUCGAUGGAGCAUCCAUCUUUAGCUCAAUUUAGACUUUGUGUUGGUAAUCAUGCUAGCUGCAUGAUGAAUCAGCUACCAUUAGAUAUUGAAUUAGAGCUGGAACGGUGCAACCGAUUCUUGAGGUACACAAAUGGCGACGGUGUCUUCACGGAAAUUAAGGAUGUCCUGCGACAAUCAGAUGCUUUUUUCUUAGAAAGGCAUGCUAAUCUCAAGAAGUUGUCUGAACUAGGGAUAGAUAGCAUGGACCAACUCAAAUGGUGUGUUAUGGGGGAGUGUAAUGAGCUUGAAGUGCUCGUGGAUGCAUCUGAUACCCUUCAUCAAGAGGCUUUGACUGGAUCUCACUACAAAAGCAUCUGUCUUGAAUCGCUGGAGUUUUUGUUUGUGUAUUACAUGAGAAACUUGAGAAACAUUUGGAAGGGUGCAGUGUCGAAGGGAUGUUUAUCUUCUCUCAAGUUGUUGACGUUGUGUAAAUGCCCCGAGUUGACAAGUAUAUUCUCACAUGAGAUGCUUGAUAAUCUCAACAAUUUGGAAGAGGUCACAAUUGAGGACUGCCCAGCCAUUGCAAGUCUAAUUAGCUGCCAAACUUCUAUUGGCAAAGUCCGAGAGACGCCUUAUUUCCUCCCUAUUUUGAAAAAGUUGUCUCUCCAUUACGUACGUACACUUUCCAGUAUAUCCUGUGGGCUGCGGAUCGCACCGAGGUUAGAAAGGUUGAGUUUUUAUGACUGCCCAAGUCUGAGGUCUUUGUCGACUGAUGAAGUUUCUAGUGAGCAUUUGAAGAAAAUCAAGGGGGAGAGGAGUUGGUGGAAGGACUUGGAAUGGUGCGGCCAUAAGCCAGAUCACUUGGACGGUAUUUUCAUCCCAAUUGACACAUGUGACAUCCCUUAACUCUAUGCACAAGUGUGUGCGCGGGUGCGAUUCCAACUGUUGGAACUACCCAACAAGUCAGUGGGAACUUUAGUUAUUUAAUGACUAUUGUACCGAAUCAAUAUCUAUAGUUAAACUUUGAUAACCCCUGCCUACGUAAUGGCAUGCUUUAUUAGUCGGUUUUUCUGUGGUCUAUAAGUUUCUUCUUGCCCCUGUUCCAUUUAUGCCGUUCAAAGAGAGGACCGUGAGAUAACGAAUGACUGGGCAGGGCUUGAAUGGCCAUUAUCAGGUCAGUUGAAGUAAUGAUAAAUAGUGGAAUAGGAGAUCUGCACUUGAAGAAUUUCGUCCGUGUGUUUGAUUUUGCCAAAAGCAAUCAAAAUGGACAUUAGAAUGCCGGCACGGACGAGAAGGAAUUUUUGGAUUUGCUUUCCCAGUGGAAUUGAUUAGAAGCUAGCUUCCCAUUCACUAAGUAUAGUCCUCACUUGCUGUUAUUAGCAUAGUGAGUUGAGUCUCUUAGUCAGAGAAGCAGCCACAGAAGAAUCUUUUCCAUCGGCAACCCAUAAUCUUAUCGGCUAUUAGACAUGUGGUUAGUUACUUCCAGUAAGGAAAAAAAAAAAGCAAGUAGUACCUCUUUUAUAU